AUGGAGAAUCUUCACGCACCAACAGUCCCUUCUGGACCUACAUCUGGCCCUGCGACGAAUGGAACACAAACGAGCGGCUUGACUUUGGCACAGCUCCAGGCAAAGAAAGACAACCUUGAGGCCGAGAUCAGAGCUUUGGGAGGAGUUUUGGACUCUCAUGGCGUGGAUAUUAAUACGAGACUGCUUACUCCGGAUGGAUUUCCUCGAGCAGACUUGGAUGUAGCGCAGAUUCGAACGACACGAGCACGGAUCAUCUACCUAAAGAACGAUCACAAAGCUCUCAUGAGCGUCAUCGAGAAACACAUCCACGAGCACUUUGCACGGUUAGCAGAGAAUGGUUCAGAGGAUGAGCCCACGACCGACAGGAGCAGCUCGGUAAUGGAUCUCCCGUCAGCUUCAGAACCACAAACAUUAAGCGCUCCUUUCGCGAAGGUCAACAGCGUUGUGGCAGAUAGUCCAGCUGAGUCUGCAGGCUUGAAAGCAGGAGAUCAGAUUAGGGUGUUUGGAUAUGUCAACAAUACGAACCAUGAUGAGUUGAAGAGGGUUGCUGAGUGCGUUCAGGGCAACGAGGGUCGGGAGGUUCUUGUCAAAGUCUCUAGAGCGAUCAGUGGCAGCUCGAGAAAGCAGGAGCUGCAGCUAAGUCUGACGCCAAGCCGAAAUUGGGGAGGACGGGGUCUUCUUGGAUGUCAUAUUCUUCCUCUCUGA